UCUCCUCACCGCGGCCCUGCAGGUCAGACAGGAACAAUAUGGCGCCGGGAGAAGCGGUAGCUUCGGGACCAGUCGUUGUCUGAAAGACUGGCGAUCCGACAGGAUGAACCUCUGCACCCAGUACCUUCGCCAGGCAGAGGCCCUGAAAGCUGACAUGACAGAUUCAAAGCUGGGGUCAGCAGAGGUGUGGACGUCUCGGCAGGCCCUGCAGGACCUGUACCAGAAGAUGCUGGUCACGGACCUGGAGUAUGCUCUGGACAAGAAGGUGGAGCAAGACCUGUGGAAUCAUGCCUUUAAGAACCAGAUCACUACACUGCAGAGCCAGGCCAAGAACCGGGCCAACCCCAACCGCAGCGAGGUCCAGGCCAACCUGUCGCUCUUUCUGGAGGCAGCAAGUGGCUUCUACACUCAGCUGCUGCAGGAACUGUGCACGGUGUUCAACGUGGACCUUCCGUGUCGGGUCAGGUCGUCUCAGCUCGGCAUCAUCAGCAACAAGCAGAGCGGCGGCGGCGCCAUCGUCACGCCGCAGCCCAGCUCCUGCUCCUACAUCUGCCAGCACUGCCUCGUCCACCUCGGAGACAUCGCUCGUUAUCGGAACCAGACCAGCCAGGCCGAGUCGUACUACCGACACGCUGCUCAGCUGGUUCCAUCAAACGGUCAGCCCUACAACCAGCUGGCCAUCCUGGCCUCCUCUAAAGGAGACCACCUCACCACCAUUUUCUACUACUGCCGCAGCAUCGCAGUCAAGUUCCCGUUCCCAGCAGCUUCCACCAACCUGCAGAAGGCUCUGUCCAAGGCUCUGGAGAGUCGUGAUGAGGUGAAAACCAGGUGGAGCGUGUCUGAUUUCAUCAAGGCCUUCAUCAAGUUUCAUGGCCACGUGUACCUGUGUAAGAGUCUGGACAAGCUGGACGGUCUGAGGGAGAAACUGGAGGAGCAGUUUCAGCGGCUGAUCCUACAGAAAGCCUUCAGUUCCCAGCAGCUGGUGCACAUCACCGUCAUCAACCUGUUUGAGCUGCACCACCUCAGAGACCUGACGGCCGACAGCAUGGAGCAGAGCUACAGCAGCGAGCAGCAGGUCAGCUGGUUCCAGCUGCUCGGCCUCUUCAUGUCCUUCUUGGGUGUGAUGUGCAGCCGAGUUCUGCUCAACAAGAACCGAGGUGAGGAGAUCAUGGGGGAAUGUCCACUGCCAGCCAUCAAGGUGUCUCUGGACUGGCUCAAGCUGAGGCCCAGCAUCUUCCACGAGGCCGCUGUGGAGAAGAGACAGUAUGUCUGGCCCUGGCUGGUGUCCAUCCUCAACAGCUUCCAGCCCAAAGAGGAGGACGUGUCCAGCCCCUCAGCGAUGCCCCUGCCGGAGGAGUUUGAGCUCCAGGGUUUCUUGGCUCUCCGGCCCGCUCUGAGGUGUCUGGACUUCACAAAAGGCCAUCAGGGGAUCCUGGUGGACAGGGACGGCCUGCCGGUGCACGCUCGACACCAGCGGCUCAUCAGUCUGGGUAAAUGGGUGGCUGACAACCAGUCGGGGCUAAUCCAGUGCAGAGUGAGCGAGGAAGGCCUCCUCCUCUUCAUCAGUGACAUUCCAGAGCAGGCCAUCGAGGAGCCGCAGGAGAAGGAGGCGCCGGUCCUGCAGGAGUCAUCCAACAGCGAGCAGACACAGAACGACGGUGGGAAUUCGGGCCUGAAGUCGGUUCUGUCUGCGGGGAAGACGCAGAGCUCGUGGCCUGAUGGCAGCGAGCGGCCCGUCGUCACCUUUAAGGAGAACAUCAAACCCAGAGAGCAGAGCCGCGAGCCGGGUCGGAACCACCACCAGAAAGACAGCAGCAAGGAGCGGCGGGAUUUCAAAGGAAACGGAGUCCUCAUGAAAGGAGAGCUGAAGAGGGACGGGAAGAGGAAGAGCGAGGUGAAGAAGAGUGGCCACGAAAAGACCACCGACGUUGGGAAACAGGUGAAGGCACAGACGGAGCUGAGGAAGACUCCGGUGUCGGAGGUGAAGAAGACUCCUGUCACUCAGACUCAGACCACCUGCUCCUCCCAGUUCAUCCCCAUCCAUCAUCCUGGAGCCUUUCCACCGCUGCCCAGCAGACCUGGUUUCCCCCCCUCGGCCUAUGUGAUCCCACCCCCAGUGGCGUUCCCAGGGCUCCAGGUCAAUCCAGGAUUCACCUUUUCCCCCGGAGUAUCGGUUCCCGGACCUUUCCUUCAGCCGACCGUUCACACCCAGGCCGGAACCCAGGUCCAGGCUGGGAAACAGUCCCACAUUCCCUACAGCCAGCAGAGGCCGUCGGCGCCGGGGUCCUCGGGUCCUCAGGGCCCGGGAACCAUGACCCAGGUCCCAUCCCCGGCCCAGCAGCAGCUGCAGGUUCAAGCCAUGAGUCAGCAGCAAUCCCCCACCAAACCGGGCCAGCAGGUCGGGAUGGGGAAGAGUCCACCUCACCACCCGGGCCUGCAGCAGUACAUCCAGGACCAGCCGGCCCAGAUGUGGAACCAGGCCCAGGCGGCUCUGCAGAAGAUCCCGCCCAUGCAGAUGUCCCUGAAGCAGCCGCCCCAGCAGCAGCAGCAGAGCUACUACAUGACGACUCAGGACCCCCUGAAGCUGUACGAGCAGCAGCUCGCCAGCAUGGACAAGAAGAUGAAGUUCCCCGAUGUCAAGAUGCAGGACUUCCACUGGGAGCCGCCCUACAGGAUGGGGGACGGCCUGGCCAUGAUGGCCGAGAGGAUGAAGAGACCUCCACCUGGUGGGCUCUGUGCGGAACAGGAGGUCCCCUCGGGGCCCCGUGGACCCCCGUUUGAGGACAACAAGAGCUCGCCUCUUCUACCUCCUGACCUGUUAAAAACUCUAGCAGAUUUUGAGGAGGAGGAGGAGCUGGUCUUUGCUAAGCCUCCUGAUUUCUUCCAGGCCUUGGCUGGCCCUCUUAGCUCUGCUCCUGGACCAAAUCUGUUUCUGUCCAACCAGAACCGGAUGGAGAGCGGGCCAGAAGUCGUCGGCCAAUCCUCUUCUCUGCUGCCUGUACCUGGCUUCCCCAUGCAGGAGUUCAACCAGAACAGCAUCUUCAGCCAGGCGUACGGGAAAAACCUUCCUCCCAGCUCCAAGCCCGACACUCCCAUGAUGCAGCAGGAGCCGUCCCUCUACUCUCUGUUCGAGGGGACUCCGUGGUCCCCCUCCCUCCCUGCCAGCUCAGACCACUCUACCCCAGCCAGCCAAUCCCCUCACUCCUCCAACCCCAGCAGCCUGCCCUCCUCUCCCCCGACACACAACCACGGAGCCAUGCCCUUCUCCAACUUUGGACCCAUCGGCACCCCGGAUAGCCGGGACCGCAGGGUGAUGGACCGCUGGAAGGCCGACAAGAUGGGAACAGUCGGAGGCUUCGGUCUGGACUACCUGCCGGCUGCAGCCUCUUCUACGACGUCCGACACUAGCUGGCACCAGGCCGGGUCCACAGGCAGCUCCUGGUCCAAUCAGGAGUCUCCGAUGGAAGAGGCGUCCUCCACCGUGCUGCUCGACAGCCUCAAGUCCAUCUGGUCCAGCUCCAUGAUGCAGCCGGGCCCGUCGGCGCUGGAGCAGCUCCUCCUGCAGCAGAAGCAGAAGCAGCAGCGAGGUCACGGCGCCAUGAACCCACCCCACUGAACGCCAGCCGAGGUGGCGCUUUAUGUCCAGACCACAAGGAGAAACAGAGGGAAAAAAAACGAAGUUUGGCGAAGACGAGCUUCACUUAAAAAGGAAUUAAACCGACGAGAAGCGGUGGAGGCUGGGGAGGCUACACGACCCCCUGACGAGGCUGAAUCACCACCCCACCCCCCUCGGCUGUUCGAGGAGAGGUGACCCCCUCCUGGAUCGGAGGGCGUGGGAUCUCUUUAAUCGCGGCGCCACGCUGCCGCAGGGUUUCCUUCAACCCGCGCACAUCUGAACUUUGAGGAACACACCCCCACCCUCACCACAACAAUCCCGUGAUUUUUGACGGACGCCACAUCUGCACCCACCCCCCGUCAUCCUGUUUAGAAGUAAUCGACCCGUCUGCUCGGUUCUGGCGGAGCGCCGGUUUUUAGCGUUUCCACCGCCGCAGACUGAACGUGGAAACUGUAGGAGGGCGAGGACAGUGUGGUGGUUGGGUUCAGGGGGAGGUCAGGUGACACGUGGGGGGGUGCAAAAUAACAGACCGGACUUUCUGAUCUCUUCAUUUUCAUCACUGAGGAGGGGGAGGAGGAGCUGAAGGAUGAAGGUUGCAGCGAUAUAAAUAUUUACGUAAACAGAUAGUCGUAGUUGGACUCGUCUCUUAGCCGGGUCUGAUCGGGACUGGACGCUGUCACAUCUGCCGUUUGACCGCCAGCUCGCUCUGAAGGAAAAACCCGAUGGCGGUCCGGCUUCAUGAUGCCGGGGAGCGUCGGGACUGGGGGGAGGGGCUAAGGACAACACACCCUGAUGAUGAUGAUGAUGAUGGGGUAGCAUCACAGUUAGCUUCAAGAGAUCACAGAUAUUAACAAAGAAAAAAAGUGUAUUUUGUGAUUUGUUCGUAGCAGUUUUAGCUUCUCGCCGUUGGAGGCGACGACAGGUUUAUCUGUUAGCGUCCUGCAUAACUGCCGGACUCUUCUUCCUGCUCGCUUAUUUAACCUGCAUUUACUCGCUUUUCUUCAUCUCUUGCCUUUUUUUUACCAGUUUGAAGCAGCUCUGUUCCGGCAGCUCGGCCCGAAUGGGUUUUAACGAGGCCUCAAACCUCCGCUUUUAUUUACCCGAAGCCCAGAAACCUAGAAACCUGAACUGGAGCGCCGGGUCCUGCUGCUUCCUGUUUACCUUUCAUCAGGAAAACAAACAGCGAUUGGUCACUAUUCAUGCCGGAGUUCCACACGGACCUAAAGACCUGAACCUAGAAUGAACCUAAACUUUAUGGCCCAGAACCAAACCGGACCUGUUUUUAUUCACCUGCAUGGAGCGAACCAGACCGGCACAAGAACGGUGCCGUCUCUGGUGAAAAAGUAAUACGUAUAACUGCCAAUCAGAUCCUUCUGUCGGCUUAACGAUCUGAUUGUUGUCAUGGCAACCCCAGCCAUAGAGUCCAGUUGCUGCUGUGGACCGGUCCUGGGCCAGGUCUGGGUCUUGGAGUUUAGGUGAUUCUGUGACAUCGAUGGGUUGGCAGCCCAGAGAGUUUUUUUUUUUCUUUUUAACUUCAGUUGAUAAAUUUACUGAAAAUCAGAAAGUCGACGAUGUAAAUAUUCACCUAAAAAAAAAAAAGUUUGGAAAACUCGACAAUAAAAACACGGACAGCUGAAUCUGGCAGCCAUUUCUGAUCCGGUUCUGUUCAGACCUGAAACUAAAUCUCAUCAUUUCAUCUGCUGAUCGUUUUCUGAUCAAUAUUUCAGCGUUUCACACAAAAAAAAUUCACUCUCACGUGAAAAAAAGAAACCGACAUGAACGAAAGAAAAAAAAGAUGAUGGAUGCGUCGCUCCGUCAGUCGAUGCCGUUUCUUUGGAUUUGAGCUGCUGAAGGUUCUGGUUCGUGAUGAAGUCCAGAGGUUCUGGUGGUGGAGGCGGGCUUCAGGUUCGGCCUUUUAUUUCUGUGGUUUUCCCGGCAAUCAGCAGGAGGACGGUUCGGACGGCAGAGCUUCCGGAUCCGACCAGCAGAUGGCAGCAACGGUUCUGAGGAGGUUUUAUUUCCUGGCUCGGUGUUUUAUUAACUUUAGAGAGACGUGUCUAUUUUCUGUGAUUGUGCUUUUCAUGUUGCAUUUACAAAAUGUAUUUGAAAAUAAUAAAGAUGAAAUCUUUCUGAAUGUGAGGAUGAGUUCAGGCCAGAAGCAUGAAGGAGAGAAGUCCUGUUUGCUUCCAUGUUGGAGGCUCACCACGAGGGCCGGAACCGGAGCUGGUUGGGGUUUUAGGUGAGGAACUAAAUGUUCUGGGAUCUGUCGAAGACAUUCCACUCUGAGAUGGUUGGGAGGUUUCAGGGCGGCGGUCCUUGUGGUCUGAGCUUUGACUUGUGUUUGUCUGUAGACUUUGAGAACUGGUGGAAUCAGCCUUUAAAUAAAUGUCAGCGAUGUUCUCCCUUCA